AUGCCUAGGACAAUAGAGUCUCCCGCCAAAUCAAAGUGCGACAAUGGUGCAGGAACGCUCCUGCGGCGUUUUGGAUGGGAAGUGUUUAAUCAUCCGCCGUACAGCCCGGAUUUGGCUCCUUCGGAUUUUCAUCUCUUUCCCCACAUGAAAAACUGGCUAGGAGGACAGUAUUUUCACACAGAUGACGAGCUUCAGAUCACCGUCAACAGUUGGCUGAAAGCACAGGCGGCUGCCUUCUAUCACGAGAAUGACGAGCUUCAGAUCACCGUCAACAGUUGGCUGAAAGCACAGGCGGCUGCCUUCUAUCACGAGAGUAUUGGAAAGCUGAUACCACGCUAUGAAAAAUGUCUACAUCGGACUGGCGACUAUGUAGAGAAGUAG